GGCUGCGAACAUUGAAAGGCCCUGAUAGCGGAAUUUGUGGCUUUGGCAAGAUUGGAAUCAUGGCAGGUCCAGAAAGUGAUGCCCAAUUCCAGUUCACUGGUUUUAAAAAAUAUUUCAACUCUUAUACUCUCACAGGUAGAAUGACUUGUGUGCUGGCCACAUAUGGAAGAGUUGCUUUGAUAAUCUUAUACUUCAAGUUAAGAUCUAAUAAAACUCCAGCUGUGAAAGCAACAGAAAUGGAUUCUAAACUGUAA